UCCACUUUUUGUUCUUGUUCUUUUUUGUCCGAAAAACAAAUCACUCUUUUUGUCAAAAUGGCACAACAAGGACAACCUCAGUACAAUCAAGCCCCGCCAAGUCAGCACCCGUCCCAACAUCAACCCGGUUACCCACCGCCUGGGCCCGGCGCUCCUGUUGUGAUGGUCGGGGAAGGAGUGUGCCCAAAAUGUGGGGGAAUGCUGUUGACCGACAACAACGCCUUCAUUUGUGGACUUCUCUGGGCCUUCUUCUGCUUUCCUUUUGGCCUGAUCUGCUUGUCCUCGAUGUGGAAGAAACGCUGCGUCAGCUGCGGAUUUGAAGUGCCUCAGUGCUGCUGAAUGAAUACAAAUUUCGAAAUGGGAGUGAAAAUAAUAAUUUCUGAAAAAAUACUCUAAAAUUGUAAACCAGGACAAAAUUGUAGAUUGGAUAAAAUUGUAUGUUGAUGUAUGUAUCAAUAAAACUAAACGGAUUGAUUGCAA